AUGGGGAUUCUCGACAUUCUUAAGAGGCAGUCUUCUUCUUCCUCCUCUUCUUCAACAUCGUCGUCAUCAUCGCGAUCUUCAUCGUCUUCUGACAAGGUGAGACGGGGUUCGAGGAGGAGCGUUCCCAAAGGUCACAUUGCGGUGUACGUUGGACAAGUGGAGAGGAAGAGGUUCAUAGUUCCCAUCUCAUUUCUCAGCAACCCUCUGUUCCUGGAAUUGCUUCAGCUAGCUGAGGAAGAGUUCGGCUACAAUCCGCCGCAGGGUGCCCUGACGAUCCCCUGCCACGAACACGACUUCAUCGCCGUCAUCGCUUCUCAUUUGACCUCCUAG